CGGCCCAUGAAAACGCAAUACGGAGUACUAGAGAAGACUUGCGCAUAGAUUUCUCCCACCGCUAGGGUUCUUUUUAAGAUCAGGUUCUACUUCACUCUACCACUUCCGCCUUUGUUUCUCUCUCAAUUUCUUCUUGCUCCUCUCUCUAUCAUCCUUCCCUGUUCUGUUAUUAGUCUUUGAUCGUUCCCAUGGACUCCAAUAACUAGUCUUUCGUUUCAUAAUUGUCUGUAAUCUCUGCUGAGGAUUCAAGGGUUUAGAUACAUCUCUGUAUCUAUCUCUACGCUCAAGUAAGAAAGAUGACGACCCUGAACCCGUUUGACCUUCUGGUUGACGAUGACACCGAUGACCUAUCUCAGCUCGUCGCUAAGCUUCCUCUUUCUGCUCCGGCUUCCAAAAAGGCUCCUGCUCAGGUCCAGCCUGCUAAGGCCCUCGCCAAGAUGCCCACUAAGCCUCUACCCCCGUCUGAGGCCGUUAGGGAAGUAAGAAAUGAAUAUCAGAGGGGAGGAGGACGCAGUGGCUCCCGUGGUGGAAUGCGUGGCCGUGGUGGCCGUGGGCGAUCGUUCAAUAACGAGUCAGACAAUGAAAAUUCUUUUGGUGGAAACAAUGGCUUUUCAGGAGGAUAUAGACCUCCUGAAGACGGAGAAGGUGGGAAAACAUAUGAAAAGAGGGGAGACUAUGCUGGUGGACCUCGUGGAGGUUUUCGUGGAGUUCGACGUGGCGGGUUCGGAGCUGGUGUUGAAGAUGUUGAUGGAGAACGUCCGCGUAGGGUAUACGAACGACGAAGCGGCACUGGACGUGGGAAUGAAUUUAAACGUGAGGGUGCUGGCCGUGCAAACUGGGGAACUCCAACAGAUGAGAUAGCCCAAGAAACUGAAGAGCCUGUUAUUGAGGUUGAGAAGUCUGUUGAAACUGAGAAACAACAUAAUCAGGAAGAUGCUGGGGAUGCCAGUAAGGAUGUUGCACCAAAUGAAUCAGAGGAAAAAGAGCCCGAGGAAAAGGAGAUGACACUUGAUGAAUACGAAAAGCUGCUGGAGGAGAAACGGAAGGCCUUGCUUGCAUUGAAACCUGAGGAGAGAAAAGUAGACUUCGACAAGGAAUUUGAAUCAAUGCAGCUUCUUUCAAACAAGAAGAAUGAUGAUGAUGUCAUAUUUGUCAAACUGGGAUCUGACAAGGAAAAAAAGAAAGAAGCUGGAGAGAAGGCCAAAAAGACUAAAAACAUUACUGAGUUUCUGAAACCUGCGGAAGGAGAAAACUAUUAUCGGCCCGGUGGUCGUGGAAGGGGGGGCCGUGGUGGUCGUGGCCGAUUUGGUGAUUCUGGUCGAGGUAGUGGGUAUGUUGGAAACCGGUCGGGUGUUGAUGCCCCAUCUAUUGAAGAUGUGGGGCAGUUCCCAACCUUGGGUUCAAAGUGAGCUAAAAGAGAGAAUGUCCUUCCCUCCUACCUUGUUAUUGCUUCGGCUGAGAUAUGGAAGAACCUCAUGGAACUGCUGGUUGUUUUUUAUAACUACAAUUAUCUUCCGAAUUUUAAACUCUCUUUUUAAUAGUGUACACAUCUAGAUACCAUCCCAGGUCUCUUCUCAGCUUUCUUUGACUUUCUUGCUCUUGUUCGACUUAUAGAAUUUAGGCACUUCCAUUUACAACUUUUAUUUAUUUCUUGGAUCUUUUUUUUUUUUGCCGUGCUGGGAACAGUUUUGUUUUGUUCGAAAUUGCUCUUUUGUUAUAUUGCCUUCAUUUAUUCCUGCCC